AUGACCUAUAAGAAGACGCGUACUGGCUGUCUGCAGUGUAAGGCGAGAAAAUGUGACGAAGCGGUUCCAUGUACAGCCUGCGUUCGCCGUAGCUCGACAUGUAGCCUUUCGGCCCAAGAAAGGUCAUCGCGAAGCAGGACGCGAUCGCCACGAAUCAAGGCUCCGGAUCUGGAACCAGCCACCGACAUCAAUCAUUUUCAACGAAUUGCUCCAUAUCCUACAGUUGGCUUGACUGCGCAUGAUAGAGAGCUGCUAUUUCACUGGCAUCUUGUUGCUCACAAGGCCAUUGUGCAUCAACGAGGAUCAGAAGACCUUUGGCAGCACGAAGUGAUCCACCUCGCACUUGAUCACCCACUUAUCCUGAACCUCGUGCUGGCUAUAUCCUCUUACGAACAAGCGUAUACUGCCCACCGGUCACAAGUCAAGAUGCCGGGAGAUCGAGUACGACGGGAUAUGUACGCCUCUCUGGGACUCAAGUAUUCUCAAGCCGCCGCGGGGAUGAUGAGGCACGCAGUAGCAAAAGCCAAUAUUACUAACGGCCCUGUUUGCCAUCUUGCCUCAGUUCUCAUGAUGAUCAACUCCUAUGCCCAAGGCUCAGUCAAAGAGCUUGUACGGGUAGAAAAUGAGCCUUCUACCAUGCUUAGCGACCUUCUCGUCAUCUGUAGGCUUACGAGAGGUGUCAGGGCUAUUGCGGAAACAUAUGGUGUCAUACGACCAGAUCGUCACGAGCUUAUACUCUUUGUCACUGAGGCCGAGCCACCAGAUCAUGGGCCUCUCGAUGACGUUCUCAGCAUGCUUAAUUCUCUGGCAUUUCUUGACCAAGAAGAUGAUCCGUACACUAAGAGAAUUUGUCAAGACGCCUUAGAUCUGAUGAAGUGGCUGGUCAAAAAGGCGCAGACAUCCGAGUGGUGCCCGGCACAUCGAGCAUCGUUACAGUGGAUUUGCUUAGUUGAAAAGGAAUUUAUGAGGCUUGUCGAAGGUCAUAGGCCUGCGGCUCUUGUGCUAUUCUCAUAUGGUUGCUUCUUGGAUAAGAGUUAUGUUCAUAAUACCUUUGUGAUGAGAGGAUGGAAAGAUGGUGUUUGUUCUGAGAUUCGAGAUAUUGUUGGUUCGGAAUGGGCAAAGGCUGUUCUGUUGUAA